AGCUUCGAGACACGCACCCACUUGAAACAGGAACACUGCACACAAUCUUGCUCACAACCUUUAGAUCCUUUUGAUUGUCGAAUCUCGCACAUAUUGGAUAGUUAACUUUCAGCUGCUGACAUAUCAAGCUUCUUGCUGCUUCUAUUGUCAUGUCCGACCGUGGGUCGAUCGCCAGCUCUGACGAUGAACAAAGCACGACAUCUACCUCGUCCGCUUCAGGCUCAGAGUCGGGCGAUGAAAGGCUAGAGAAAGACGCAGAGACAGAGACAGUUGAGGAUUCCGAACAAGCUUCAACAACAGUGAGCGAUGAGAAUAGAUAUCCCCAAGAUGUCAAACCACCUAUGUUAGCUCUUUUAGAGCCGACAGAGGGCGAAUACGAUAUUGUCUUAGUCCACGGGCUUCAUGGAGAUCAGCACAAGUCUUGGGCUAGUCCGACCGAUGAGGAUGGCAAGCCGACCUGGCUGACCGAGGGUCUUGCUGGCAAUCCACCGGUAGCACGAAUCUACAGUUUCGCAUAUUCCUUAGAGUUGGACAGCCCCGGCAAAUCACCCAUGGCGGCCAUUCAUGAUCUAGCAGAUUCAUUAAUCAACGAGCUCUAUCAGAAAGUAAAGGAUGAUCCAGAGGUCUGUGCUUGUUUGCCGUUGAUUUUCCACCGGUACACAACUAAAUGCCCCUAGGACCCAUUCCGCCCUAUCGUGUUCAUCACGCAUGACAUCGAGGGAAUAAUUGUCAAAGAGGCCAUGCGUAUCGCACUGCUGGAGAAGAUAAACUACACCUGGU